AAAGAGAAAGAGAUUUGCACGAACAAAAAUGGCGUCUUUCUGAGUUGUCCUUUUCGCGCAAGCAUAAUUUCAAAAUUUCUUCAAACUGAUUAGAUUUUCGCGUAUUUUAACCUGCAAGUUUGUUCGCAAGUAUUGUAGAAAGUUAGAACACAUUCAUCAAACUAAGUUUCGUUAAAAAUAUAUGUAGAAUACAUUAGAAAACUGGGACAAUGCCUUAUUUUGGGCGAGGCGUAUUUCCUGCUGAUUAUUUGUACAAAAACGCGUCUUUACGCAUUAUUCGCGCGUUCUAGUGGUAUUCGAAGGUGUAAAGUGUAAAAAUGGACAAGAAAAACAAGAAGAAAGUGGUUAUAAAGCGGAAAAGUGAUGAACCAGCGGAGUCGGAGAAGAAAGCAAAAAUCAUGGUAAACAGGCCGAAGACUGAGGGUGAUAAAGAGAAGGUGGAGGUAGUGAACCAAGUUGUGGAGGUGCCUGUGGACCAGGGACAGCAGAUAGUGCACACAGGACAACUGGUCGAAGGUAACUUUGAACAGCCAGUGUUUGUCAACAUGAAAGGGGAGCCAGUUCAAUUAGGCCCGAACACAGUAAUACUGUACGAACAAAGCGGUAACCCGUCCAACUUUGCCUUCGGAGGCAUGUGGACGAUGGACCAGUCGGGUCGGAUUGUCAUGGCUGAGACCAUAUACGACGUGAAAGGGGAGCCGGAAGAAGAGAGUGCUACGUUCGUCCAGAACACUACAGAGGUUAAUACUAAUCAACAAGUGGAAGAGCAGACGAACACAUACCAGCAGUAUGAGAUCAGCGGCACCCAGGGGCAGCAGGAGUAUGAAGUGGCCAUCAUCGAGAACCCGGAGGCUACGGAAAGCAGAACAACGGAUCCCCAAGUGAUAACUACAGAGGAGCAGUUGGUCGCGAUAGGAGCGUUCGCUGUGCGCUGGCUCAACCAGAAGUACGACUUCGUUGUGAGGAAGCUGCAGCUUAAUUAUGACGCGGGCGUGAAGCUCCUGCAUUCUGCGUCGGGCUGCAUCCAAUGUGUGUAUCUGACCACGCCCAGCAUGCAGCUGGCCUUCAACGCGGUGCCUCAGUUCCUGUGCAUAGAGACCGGCAUAGAGUUCAACAGCGCGAUCCCGACGGUAGGCGGCGCGGGCAGUCCAAGCGUCAAGCACUACGUCACUCUGUUCUUAGCUGAAGAUGGGAACGGCAAGUCGGUCAUUGUCAGCGCUGGCAUAUCAACGCUCAUAGAUGAUGAUCUCACGUGGCUGUUAGACACGUUUAAAUCCUGCAACCCGGCCUGGAGACACGUGAGAUGUGUUGUCUGCGACCCUACUAAAUGCCAACAGGCUGUCCGCACAGCAUUCCCAUCGGCCCACGUGACCUGCUCCGUCUGGCAAGCGUCGGUCGCGUGCGCAGCGCUAUGCGUCGACGCGACACGACGCAAUGACGGGGCGCCCGCGAUAGCAGACGUCGCCGCCCGAUGCAAGACGUAUGCGCUCGCUUUAUUGAGGGGAGAACACGCGCCGGCACAACUUCAGGUCCUGAAACGCGGCAUAAUCGGCACCGGUGCGGGGACGUUACGACUGUGGGAAAUACUGACCCGACCUAACACUGGCGCCAUAGCGAAAUUAGACGCGUGGCUGGAAGCUGACAACUACACUAAUAUAUUACAUAAGGGUCUGGAGAGGCUGGUGACCAAGUUCCAGAACCUAGUCCGGAGCCAGAUGCAGCCGGACGAGUUUGUGUCUGUGUUCUUUAACGUGGCCAACCAGCUGGAAGAAGAACGAAGGAACUUCGCCAUCAGCAGGCUGCGGGACACAGAAACCCUAAAGCAGUCGCCGACGGACACCAUAACGCAGUACGCUUACAACUUGAUGAGCCACCAGACUAAGUUGGCGCAGAAGUGCUUGGACGACCGCAGUGGAAGAAGGCAAAGCAGUCAAGCAAUCUGCAUGUACGGCACAUCCACGCAAGAAUGCUCCUGCUUGUUCAGCAAGGUGUUCCGGUUGCCUUGCCGCCAUAUACUAAUGCUCACCACCGAGCUAAAGGUGAAAACACACAUACCCUUCGAGCCUCGGUGGACGGUGCAGCACUGUUUGUUCGGGUGUGAGAACAACCCAAACACGACCACUAGUAAUAACACAGGCAACAGUACAUUCAUGGAGCAAGUGGUAGUGGAAACAGACGGGCAACACCGCCAGAUACAGCAGCAGCCGCAGCAGAUACACCAGGUAGGAGGUGUCAGACAACAGCAGUAUGUACUAGCGACGCCCGGCCAGCCACCGCAAGUGAUAUUCUGCGGCGGCAACGUGGGCGGAGUGGGCUCUGUGACGAGCGCAGCACCCGUUAUCACAUCAGUGUUGCCAGCAGGCGGCGCCGUUCUAACACCACACCACGCGAUACACCAGUGAGAGUGAG